CUCCAUUUAUCAGAGCUCACACGGGCUGUACAUAGAUAAGCAAGGUACUAAAACAAAUACAACCUAGCUAGCAUGACAACGCUGGUAUAGUUAAUACUGUGGGAAUAGAUUACGUGUAAUAUUCAUGUUAUAGUGCAUUGACAACAUGACAAAAAUCGUUCUAUUCUUAAACGUUAUUUUUAGCAUUUUGUGGCCCGAGGGAUGGGCGGAGGUUGUGUUGGGCACGGAAACGGAUGAGUUUGACUUUGACGGGCUACCAGGAGCCCAGCAUGAGUUUAAAAUAGAAGUAGGAGCCGGUAAAGAAGAAUGCUUUUAUCAAAAAAUAGUGGCCGGUGGUAAACUUCAUAUAUCAUUCGAGGUGUUAAGGGGUGGUGAUCAGUACCUUGACUUUACUAUCAAAGGUGUUUCCGGUCAGGUUUUACAGGAAGCUCGCACCCGACCCCGCUGGAUUACCGAGUUGGACACGAACCUCUAUGCCGAGGGAAGGCCUAUGACGGAACAGGAAAUCGAUGGCGUUUGGCAGCCCCCAGUUUAUAGAGGUCCUUAUGCAAUAUGUUUAGACAAUACAAUGUCUCGAAUGGCGUCCAAGCUGGUGUAUGUCUUUCUCGUAACCUAUGUGGAGGAAGAAUGGUCUAAAUAUAGACAGGAAAUAGAAGAAGUCGAACUAACUGUCUCAAAUUUUACGGUGUCCAUACAAAAUGUACAUGAGUCCGUCAAGGACGCCUUGGUUCACCAAGCACAGAGCAGAAUGCAUGUUAUAAAAGACUGGUAUUUAAUUACUGGCAAUAAUUCGUAUAUACAAACGUGGUCUAUUUGUCAAUGCGUCGUCGUCAUAAUGUGUUCAGGAAUACAAGUGUUUUUUGUACGGAGACUUUUUAGGGGCACCAACGUAACUCCUACAGCAAAACCUAGAGCUUAGUAUUGUAUGUUUCUUAGAAAAUAAAAGUAUCAAAAUAAAAAUAAUUAUAC